ACUACCAAUUGUUGACGCGACGGGUUUAAUUUAGGGUUUUAUCUCCCAAACCCAGCCCCCAAAUUUAGGCGUAAAUCCCUAAACUGCGAAUCAUGGAAACAUCUGAGGCGCAGAAAUGCGACGUCGCUCCAGCCACUGCUACCGCAUAUCUGGACCCAAAUUACUGGGAUAAGAGGUUUGAUCACGAAGAGCAUUACGAGUGGUUCAAAGACUAUUCUCACUUUCGUCACCUCAUUCUCGAAUACAUUAAACCCAAGUCCGCUGUAUUAGAGGUAGGGUGUGGAAAUUCACAGCUGUGUGAAGAGCUCUACAGAGAUGGAAUUACUGAUCUUACCUGCAUUGACUUGUCAUCGGUUGCUGUUGAGAAGAUGAAGCAGCGAUUAUCAACCAAGGGCUAUAAAGAAGUAAAAGUGCUGGAAGCUGAUAUGUUACAGCUGCCUUUUGAAGAUGAAUGUUUUGAUGUGGUUAUAGAGAAAGGAACCAUGGAUGUAUUAUUCGUGGACUCUGGAGACCCCUGGAAUCCAGAACCUGAGACAGUUAGCAGAGUUAUGGCAAUGCUUGAAGGUAUUCAUAGAGUUUUGAAACCCAAUGGUAUCUUCAUCUCCAUCACCUUUGGCCAGCCACAUUUCAGGCGACCUUUCUUCAGUGCUCCCGCAUUUACCUGGUCAACUGAAUGGAAAACAUUUGGCGAUGGGUUUCAUUAUUUCUUCUAUAUAUUGAAGAAGGGUGAGAGAUCAUCAGAUGGCACCGAGUGUAUUGAAAAGACCGAUGUGCCAUCCCUCUCUCUUUACCAUGAGGAGUUGGAGAGCGAAGACUAUCUAUUUCGUACGAAUCUGGAUGAGAUGUGAAGCCUUAUUUCUUGACUCCUGGUAACUAUGCUUCUUACAAUUGAUAAUAGUAUAUUUGCUACUACUGUUGCCUUCUGUUUUCCGAAUCUUCGGAUUAUUUAUAGCUCAUGCCUCAAUGAAACUCUCUUUUUUGUUAUUUUAGUAGAAAAUGUUAGUUGGGCUGUAUUUCUGUAGAAAAUUUGGGGUCAUACAUAGUAUCUUUCUUUCGGUUAUAAUAACAUCAUAUCUCUCGAGCGUUGUCUUUA